AUGUCGGACGUCACGAUGCAAGUGGACAACCCACAGGAGACUGUGGAGAUGAUUAAACAUGGUGAAAUUGAUGAGUCCCUUUACAGUCGGCAACUCUACGUGCUCGGCCACGAGGCCAUGAAGCGCAUGGGUUCGUCGAACGUGCUUGUUGUUGGUCUUAAGGGUCUUGGUGUGGAAAUCGCCAAGAACAUUGCCUUAGCCGGUGUCAAGUCCCUCACCCUCUACGACCCCGCCCCCGUUGCUAUCUCCGAUCUCUCCUCUCAGUUUUUCCUCCAGCCAAAGGAUGUUGGCAAGCCACGUGCUGAAGUUACCGCUCCCCGAGUCGCGGAGCUCAACUCUUAUGUCCCCGUCACACUCCACGAGGGAAAGAACCUUGUGGAUGACCUGGAGCAGCUCAAGCGCUACCAGGCAAUCGUACUGACGCUUACUCCCUUGAAGGAGCAGCUGGUGAUCGCAGACUUCUGUCACAAGAAUGGAAUCUAUGUGACAAUUGCCGAUACUUUUGGACUUUUCGGCUAUCUCUUCAACGACUUUGGAAAGAAUUUCACAGUCGGCGACCCCACUGGCGAGGAGUUGGUCAGCGGAAUUGUUGCCGAUAUCGCGGAGGACGGCCUCGUGUCUGCUCUGGAUGAGACUCGACAUGGACUGGAAGAUGGCGAUUUUGUGACUUUCGUCGAGGUCAAGGGUAUGGAGGAAUUGAAUAACAGCGCCCCCCGCAAAGUUACUGUCAAGGGACCCUACACCUUUACUAUCGGAGAUACUUCCGGUCUUGGUUCUUACCAGAGUGGUGGUAUUUACACGCAGGUCAAGAUGCCUAAGUUCAUCGAUUUCCAGCCCUUAUCCGAGCAGAUUAAGACACCCGAAUUCCUCAUCUCCGAUUUCGCCAAGUUCGACCGACCUGCGCAGCUCCAUGUUGGUAUCCAGGCACUUCACAAAUUUGCGGAGACCCAUGAUGGUCUGUACCCCCGCCCGCACAAUGAUAGUGACGCCCAGGAGAUCCUCAAAAUUGCCGGUGAACUCGCAGCGGCCGGCGAGGAGAAGAUCGAAUUGGACGAGAAGUUGAUUAAGGAGCUGAGUUACCAGGCCCGUGGCGAUCUUAACCCAUUGGCCGCCUUCUUUGGAGGUAUUGCUGCUCAGGAAGUUCUCAAGGCUGUUUCCGGAAAGUUCAGCCCUGUACACCAGUGGAUGUACUUCGACUCUCUGGAGUCUCUGCCGACCUCGACCACUCGGUCUGAGGAGAGCUGUAAGCCUCUUGGAACACGUUAUGAUGGCCAGAUUGCUGUCUUUGGUAAGGAAUACCAAGAAAAGCUCUCCAACGUCACUCAGUUCCUGGUUGGUGCUGGAGCUAUUGGCUGCGAAACUUUGAAGAACUGGGCUAUGAUUGGUUUGGGCACGGGUCCCAAGGGCAAAAUUUACGUCACCGACAUGGAUCAGAUCGAGAAGAGUAACCUGAAUCGACAAUUCCUCUUCCGUCCCAAGGAUGUUGGCCGCCUGAAGAGUGACUGUGCCACCGCUGCUGUACAGGCGAUGAACCCUGAUCUGAAUGAUAAGAUUGUGACCCUGCGUGACCGCGUUGGUCAAGACACUGAGCACAUCUUUGAUGAAGUGUUCUGGAACCGGUUGGAUGGUGUUACCAAUGCUUUGGAUAACGUUGACGCCAGAACUUACGUGGACCGACGCUGUGUCUUCUUCCGCAAGCCGCUGCUUGAGAGUGGUACCCUCGGUACCAAGGGCAACGUCCAGGUCGUCUUGCCAUUCAUCACUGAGUCCUACUCCAGCUCUCAGGACCCCCCCGAGAAGUCCUUCCCCAUGUGUACUCUCAAGAGUUUCCCGAACCGCAUUGAGCAUACCAUUGCCUGGGCUCGCGAUCUCUUCCAGACCUACUUUGUCGGUCCUCCUGAGUCUGUCAACAUGUAUCUCUCGCAGGCCGACUACAUUGAACAGACUCUUAAGCAGGCAGGCCAAGAGAAGCAGACAUUAGAACAUCUCCGCGAUUUCUUGGUGACAGAGAAGCCUCUUACCUUUGAGGACUGCAUUGUCUGGGCCCGCCAGCAGUUCGAGGCGCAGUACAACAAUGCCAUUCAGCAGCUGCUCUACAACUUCCCCCGCGACUCCAAGACCUCAUCCGGUCAGGCCUUCUGGUCCGGCCCCAAACGUGCCCCGACUCCUCUGAAAUUUGACAGUGGUAACCCCACUCACAUUGGAUUCGUGAUUGCUGGCGCAAGUUUGCAUGCUUUCAAUUAUGGAAUCAAGAACCCAGACGCGGACAACGAUUACUACCGCAAGGUUGUAGAUGAUAUGAUCAUCCCUGAGUUCACACCUAGCUCUAGCGUCAAGAUCCAAGCUGAUGACAAAGAGCCCGAUCCCAACGCUCAGCCCGCUGGCGGUUCCAAUGACAGUGAAGAGAUCCAACGUCUGGUGGAUCUUCUACCCUCACCCAAGUCUCUUGCUGGCUUCCGCCUGCAUCCUGUCGAGUUCGAGAAGGAUGAUGACACCAACUACCACAUCGAUUUCAUCGCUGCUGCCAGUAACUUGCGUGCUGACAAUUACGAAAUUCCUCAAGCGGACCGACACAAGACUAAGUUCAUUGCUGGAAAGAUCAUUCCUGCUAUUGCCACUGCUACAGCUCUGAUUACUGGCCUCGUGGCUUUGGAGCUGUUCAAAGUUGUUGAUGGUAAGGAUGAUAUUGAACAGUACAAGAACGGGUUCAUCAACAUUGCUCUUCCAUUCUUCGGCUUCAGCGAACCGAUGCCUAGUCCCAAAGGUGAAUACCAAGGCAAGGAGGGUAAGGUCACCAUUGACCAACUCUGGGACCGCUUUGAGCUCGAGGACAUUACCCUCAAGGAUUUCAUAGCCUACUUUGAGAGCCGGGGCUUGGAUAUCACUAUGGUUAGUUCGGGUGUGAGCUUGUUGUAUGCUAGCUUCUACCCUCCUGCCAAGGUGAAGGACCGCCUCCCUCUGACUAUGAGUAAGCUGGUAGAGCACGUGAGCAAGAAGCCGGUUCCGGAGCACCAGAAAAACAUCAUCUUUGAGGUGACGGCCGAAGACCAGACUGAGGAGGAUGUGGAGAUUCCUUACGUGAUGGUCAAGCGGUCUAACUAA